AUGAUCUCGUUCGCCCCCACCCCCGUCUUCUCAGGCACAUGGUAUCACCAUCGACCGUCCGUCCCGUCCCCCCUCUCCUCCUCUCCAGUCCGCGCCUCGUCGCCCCUCUCGCCCAGCGAAAACAACACGCUCUCCAUGUCGCAACGCCAUACCCAGUCCUCGCCCAUCCAGCCCUCCUCCAAGUCCAAGUACGCGUCGCGUCCGACGCGGCCGAACCCCGUCGUCCGCAAACGCGAGGACGCCCAGGACAUGAGACGCAGGAACUUUUUGCAGAGCGUGCGCCAGAAGUCGGAGGAAAAGCAAUGGCUACGGAGGGAUAUUGAAGGACAGCUCCUCAAGGCUAGCUACCUAGACACCAUGGACUUGCUAUCACAUGGCGCUCCCGAGCUCUCAGAUGCCGAUAUUGAAGAUGCAAUGGCCCUCGAAGCACAAUUCCAGCAGCAGCUGAGGCAGCGGCAUAAUGGAAACCUUGCUGCUGCUACCGCCGCCGGCGAUGACAUGGCCAUGUACGACGAUGAGCUGCCACCUGAUGAGGACGAGGAGAUGGACGCCCUGGUGGCAUCCUACCAAGAACAGGUGGCGGUACCUACACAGCGCCCUGAGUCGCCGUCGACCAUGACCGAUGAUGACUAUGACGACAUCUUUGCCGAGCUUAUUGCGCAGGAGCGCCAGCGCCUACCGUCAACGUCAGAAGAUGUGCAGAUGGACACUGCCGAGUAG